AUGCAAUUUAGUACCACUCCCUCCGAGUACGGUGGACUGUUUCCACCGCCAAAGCAGGUCUUCAAUAUCAAUCGGGUUUCGAGACUCUGGAGACUGUUAACAAUAUCUGUUGCGAUCGUUCUUCUGACCGGAUACCUCAUGCUAGCAGUUGUUUUCGGGGACUCAAACACAGAUGUCCAUAUCGAUGAGACCACAACAAUUGUCAUCGCUUUAUUCUUCAUCGCUCUCUCAUACGCUGCCUCUCUCGCGAUCGCAUUCUUCCAACGCCAACGCAAGCUCUUCCUCCUCCAUUCAUUAUUCCUACCAUAUACUAUAGUCAACCUCCUUGCAUUGUUCAACGUUCUCCUUAAUAUCUUCGCUCGCAAUUUACGACCGCUAUCCCCGCUCCGCGUUGUCGCAACUGGUCUACCGAGUGCGUUCAUUUUGAUAUACGGAUGUGCAUCAUUGUUAAUAUACCUUGAAUUCGGGUCCAUGGGAAGCAUUCGGGCUGCUGACGGAACGCCAUUGCUCAACGAAGAAGAAAUGCAACGCCGACAACUUGCCCGGUUACUCGAAGAGCGAUCCGCGCCUCAACCGUCACCAGACCUGGUCCGUAGUACAUAUCGACUGGAGAUUCCUACCUUAGACCCGGUUCAAAAACCGUGGGAUCGAAAUGAAGAUCAGCCCUUGGGGGUUGUAUCACGCCCUCAACACACAAACCAAUCGUGGAGUAGUGUAAGCCAGUCCAUGAUUUGA